AUGUGUUUUACUGCAUCUUCCUACGUUUGCAUCCCGCAAACUGCUAUAGCAUCUGAGUCCAUCGUUGGCAAGAUGGUGUCGCCAAACGAGCUCACUUUUCGGCUUCGGGGAUGUUCUGCUGGCAGCAAGGAUGUGGACAUCCGUAAUCAACUGAGCCAGGCCUUCGGCGACGUCGCCCCCAAUGAUAUCAAGGUCCACUCGCUCGCUGCAAGCUCGGACGAGCUCGAAGAGCCACGCAAGAAAACGGCAACCCUGACUUUCUCACGACUGCCAUCGGCCGUUGAUAUUCAGAAGAACAACCAGUGGAGAAUCAACGACAAUUAA